ACUUUAAGUUCGUACGUCUGUCAGGCACUUAAGGUUAUGACAUGACUGUGGUUAUAAUUAUUAAUUAUCUUGAUUCUUGACCUUCAUAAUAUUUGAUGACGCAAAACAGUUCUAAUUUGGUGUAACUUUGUUUGCAUAGAUACUGUAACAUCGUAGCAGUUAGUUAAUUUUACCAGAGGCAUAACAAUAUUUUAGCAAGUAAUUACGGUACUGUAACUAUAAUUAAAUAAUAAUUUAAUAAUGACGUUUAAACCAGUGACUCACGUUUUAUUUGAUAUGGAUGGCUUAUUACUGAAUACUGAAGAUCUGUAUACUACAGUAUUUCAAAGGGUGGUUUCACGUUACGGCAAGGAAUUUACUUUCGAAUUAAAAUCUAAAAUAAUGGGUCAACAGAGCAAAGAGUUUGCCCAGUCUAUAAUAGAUGCCCUUGAACUACCGUUGACCGUUGAGGACUUUUUAAAGGAGACUAGAAAAUUGUUUGAAGAGUUAUUUCCGCAAUCAGAACUAAUGCCUGGAGUUGAAAAGCUUCUACGUCAUCUUCAUAAACAUAAAAUACCUAUUGGACUGGCAACUAGUAGCAGCAUUGAGUCAUACAACAUGAAAGUUGUCCAUCAUAAGGAUAUAUUCGAUUUAUUCGCUUACAAGACAUGGGGAUCUUCAGAUCCGGAUGUAAAAAGAGGAAAACCAUAUCCGGAUAUUUUUUUAGUUGCCGCAGCCAAAUUUCCUGAACAUCCACCUCCAGAAAAGUGUUUAGUAUUUGAAGAUUCCAUAAAUGGAGUGAAAGCUGCGCGCAGUGCUAGUAUGCAAGUAGUGAUGGUUCCCGAUCCAAGAUUAGACCACAAAUUGGUACCAGAAGCCACACUUAUAUUGAAUUCUAUUGAGCAAUUUAAACCAGAAAGCUUUGGUCUUCCAUCAUACGAUGAAAGUUAAAAUAUAAUAAUCAAUUAAUAAAGAUUGUAAAUAAA